AUGCUGCAGUCGUCUUUUGACAAACACGCGAUUCACUCAACCUCAAGGCUAUACUGUCAUUCUUUACCACAAUUGAUUUCGUUGUUGUUGCAGUCGUCUUUUGACAUACACGCGAUUCACUCAACCUCAAGGCUAUACUGUCUUUCCUUGCCACCAUUAAUUUCGUUAUUGUUGCAGUCGUCUUUUGACAUACAUGCAAUCCGCCCAACCUCAAAGGUAUACAGUCAUGGUUCUCCUCAAAAGGGUUCUUUACCGACACCUUAA